CAAGAUGGAUCAUAGUGGUAAUUGUGAGGAAGAAUUUGAGAUACCAAUGUUUGACUUAUCUACCAUAAUGAAGGCUACCAAUAACUUUUCAAUAGACAGAAAGAUUGGAGAGGGGGGCUUUGGACCGGUUUACAAGGGCAUACUUGAAGGACGGGAAAUAGCUGUCAAACGGUUGUCCAGAACUUCCAAACAAGGAGAAGGUGAGUUCAAGAAUGAAGUUUUAUAUGUUGCAAGACUUCAGCACAGGAAUCUGGUGAAGAUUCUUGGUUGCUGCAGUGACGGGGAAGAAAAGAUGUUGAUCUAUGAGUACUUGCCGAACGGGAGUCUUGAUUCAUUUAUAUUUGAUGACACACAAAGCAAGGCAUUAGACUGGCCUAAGCGAUUUCACAUUAUCAAUGGUAUAGCUCGGGGACUUAUGUAUCUGCAUCAAGAUUCUCAAUUGAGAAUAAUUCACAGAGACCUGAAAGCUAACAACAUUCUGCUAGACAAGGACAUGAAUCCAAAGAUAUCAGACUUCGGCUUGGCAAAAAUAUGUGAAGAGGAUGACAUUGGAGCCAUGACAAACCGAGUAGUUGGAACAUAUGGGUACCUCUCAUCGGAAUAUGCAUUGCACGGAAAAUACUCAGUAAAAUCAGAUGUAUUUAGCUUUGGUAUUUUAGUAUUGGAAAUUGUCAGUGGGAAAAGCAACAGAAAAUUCUCCCAUCCAGAUCAUAACCUUAAUCUACUCGGGCAUGCAUGGAAACUUUAUAAACAAGGUAGGUCAAUAGAACUACUUGAUGAAUGCCUAGGUGAUUCUUGUUCAACAUCUGAAGUGGUACGAUCAAUUAGUGUUGGUUUAUUAUGUGUCCAACAAUGUCCUGAAGAUCGUCUAAGUAUGUCUUCCGCAGUUCUGAUGUUAAACAAUGAAGGUGUGCUGCCGUUGGCUAAACAACCAGGUUUUUACAUAGAAGGAAAUGCACCGGGUGGUGAUUUCACUCCUAGCCAAUCUGCACAGAUUACAGUGUAUCAACUAUGUCAAACAUAUGUAGGAAGCUUGCUGACUGGCUGUUACUUUGAUUUGCGCAAUACAAUAACUAUGAAAGAUUUUCUCAAAGAUGACGAGGACAAUUUUAUUGUUUCACGUGGUGGAACCUUCGAAAUGGGAUUCUUCAGUCCAGGUAAAUCCAAUAAUCGCUACGUAGGUAUGUGGUACAGGAACAUAUCUGUUAGGACCGUGGUGUGGGUCGCGAAUAGAGAAGCUCCUCUGACAAGUAGAACUGGUAUGUUGAAGGUCAUUGAGCCAGGAAUUCUUGUCCUUCUCAAUGACAGUAGCAAUGUUGUAUGGUCAACUAAUACAUCGAGAUCUGUGCAGAAUCCGGUUGCAGAGUUGUUGGAUUCCGGGAAUCUUGUUGUGAAACAAUCUGGUCAUGGUGUUAGUGAUGGAAAUUUGCUUUGGCAGAGUUUUGAUCACCCAACUAAUACACUAUUACCAGGUAUGAAGCUCGGUUGGAACUUUGUAACAGGACGAGAGGUGUACUUGUCGUCAUGGAAGAAUGAGGAGGAUCCAGCUCCUGCUGAUUAUACAUAUCAUUGUGAUCCUUCUGGUUAUCCACAGAACAUCAUGAAGAAGGGAUCAGAUGUUGUAUAUCGCUCUGGACCGUGGAAUGGUUGUUCUUUCAGUGGAUCACAAAACUCAAGAGAAUGUCCUUACUAUACAAUUGGAGUAUUUACAAGUAAGACAGAGUUGUACUUUGGAUAUAAGCUCACGUCUUCAGUUAUCGUGAGGUUGAUAUUAAGUCAGAAUGGUGUGUUACAACUUUGGACUUGGGGUGACGGAAAACAAGGUUGGGUCCCUUUCCUCUUAAUACCCGCAGAUAACUGUGAUACGUAUAAGUUGUGUGGUGCAUAUGGUAGCUGCAACAGUCAAGAUUUUCCAGUAUGUGGAUGCUUAGACAAAUUCGUGCCCAACAAUACUGAAGCUUGGAAGAAGACAGAUUGGUCAGGUGGCUGUGUUCGGAGAACUGAACUAAAUUGCCUUAAAGGAGACGUAUUUUUGAAGUAUUCACAUAUCAAAUUGCCAGACACACGGAAUUCCUGGUCCAAUGUGACUAUGACACUAGAAGAAUGCAAGGAUUUCUGCUCGAAAAAUUGCUCUUGUAUGGCUUACUCAAAUGCUGAUAUACGCAAUGGAGGAAGUGGAUGCAUAUUGUGGUUAGAGGAUCUGCUUGACAUUCAGCACGAAUCCAACGGAGGGCAAGAUAUCUACAUUAGAAUGGCUGCUUCUGAAGCACCUAUUACAGAGAAAGGGAUACUUGCAGAUAGUCUGGAGAAAUCGAAUGGAACGAAGCAAAAAUUAGUACUUCACUGGAUUCUGCCAUUUGCAGUUGGUGCGGUUCUGGUAAUUCUUAGCAUGCUGAUCUAUCAUAGAAGAAAGAAGACUUUAGUACUCAAAAAGAAAGGUAGUUCGGGAUUAAAUGGCAGCUCCAAGAUGGAUUACAGUGGUAGUUGUGCUGAAGAAUUGGAGAUACCGCUGUUUGACUUAUCUACCAUAAUGAAGGCUACUAAUAACUUUUCAAUCGACAGAAAGAUUGGAGAGGGGGGCUUUGGACCUGUUUACAAGGGCAUACUUGAAGGACAUGAAAUAGCUGUCAAGCGUCUGUCGAGAACAUCUACACAAGGAGAAAAUGAGUUUAUGAAUGAAGUUGUAUAUAUUGCCAAACUUCAGCACAGAAAUCUGGUGAAGAUUCUUGGCUGUUGUAUUGAAGGGGAAGAAAAAAUGUUGAUGUACGAGUACUUGCCAAAUGGGAGUCUCGAUUCAUUUAUAUUUGAUGAGACACAAACGAAGGUACUAGACUGGCCUAAACGAUUUCACAUUAUCAAUGGUAUAGCUCGGGGACUUAUGUAUCUGCAUCAAGAUUCACAAUUGAGAAUAAUUCACCGGGACCUGAAAGCUAACAACAUUCUGCUAGACAAGGACAUGAAUCCAAAGAUAUCAGACUUCGGCUUGGCAAAAAUAUGUGAAGAGGAUGAUGUUGGAGCCAUGACAAACCGAGUUGUUGGGACACAUGGGUACCUCUCACCGGAAUAUGCUUUGUACGGGAAAUACUCAGUAAAAUCAGAUGUAUUUAGCUUUGGUAUUUUAGUAUUGGAAAUUGUAAGUGGAAAAUGCAACAGAAAAUCCUGUCAUCCAGACUAUAACGUUAAUCUACUUGGCCAUGCAUGGAAUCUCUAUAAAGAAGGCAGGUCAACAGAACUACUUGAUGAAUGUCUAGGUGAUUCUUGUUCAACAUAUGAAGUGGUACGAUCAAUCGGUGUUGGUCUAUUAUGUGUCCAGCAAUGUCCUGAAGAUCGUCCAAAUAUGUCUUCUGCGGUUCUGAUGUUAAACAAUGAAGGUGUGUUGCCGUUGGCUAAACAGCCAGGUUUUUACAUAGAAGGAAAUGCACCUAGUAGUGGUGCAUUUUCUUCUAGCCAAUAUGCAGAGAGUACAGUGACUGAGACCCCUAUCACAAUACUAACUGCCCGAUAGAAGAUAUUGUUUUACUGUU